AUGGAGGUGCUCAGGGCUGUCCUCCUGGCCCUGCUGCUGUGCGGGCAAUCAGGGUGUGGACAGGCACAGGAGGAAGAUGCUGAUGACACGGACUUGGGGCCGGACAGCUACGGUUAUGAUGAUGAGGACGAGGAGGACGAGGAGACCAACGUGGCCCCUGGCACAGAGCGCCUGCAGUGCUACUCCUGCCAGUCCCUGCACAGGGGCGAGAACUGCACCCAGAUGCAGAGCUGCCCUAGCCACGCCUCCUGCAUCACGCUGAUCACCCAUGGAAACACAGACUCAGGUUUCCUGACCACCUACUCCAUGUGGUGUGUGGACACGUGCCAGCCUAUUACCAAGACAGUACAUGGAACCCAGAUGACCAAGACCUGCUGCCAGUCCACCCUGUGCAAUGUCCCACCCUGGCAGAGGCCCCAAAUCCGGGAUCCUCUGGGUGGCAGGGCAGACAGCCCCCAAGACAGCGGAACUGGCCAUCCCCAGGGCGGUGGGGCUGGCCAUCCCCAGGGCAGCAGGCCUGGACAUCCCCGGAGUGGUGGGGCUGGCCAUCCCCAGGGAGGCAAGGCAGGCAGCCCCCAAGAUAGUGGAACUGGCCAUCCCCAGGGCAGCAGGCCUGGACAUCCCCAGAGUGGUGGAGCUGGCCAUCCCCAGGGUGGCAGGGCAGGUGGCCCCCUAGGAUGUCCCCAAAAUGUGGGUACAGCCCUCCUGCUCAGCCUCCUCACCAACCUUUGGGCAACGGGGGCCUGAAGACUUGCCCUCUCCCACCACUUAGGCCCUGGCCUGGCGCUCUGUCCAGUG